AGAAAAAGAAGAAGAAACGGGGGGAAAAAAUGGCAGCUUACAUGAGAAGCGUGAUGUGUGUUGUUUCUGCAGAGCGAACUGUUUUUCUAACUCGGGGAAAUGGUAUAAUUGCCGAGUCAAAGCGAUAUGUACGCGGACUGAGGAGGAAUCCUGUCCGAGUGAUUUCACCAGGUGACGAGACGGAUAAAGUCAUCAAACCGUCUCAAAGGCCUCAAGACGUGAAGAGAGAGAAGGAGGCGAAAGUCACGUCUAAGUCAAGACAUUUGAAAGAAAACGACUUUAUCGGGACGAGGAGCAAUGCACUGUCAAAUAUAAAACAUGCACUUGAUGAUGUUGCAGACUAUUCAAUUGAUGGACUGCGUUUCGAGAGAGCUUUCCCUGGAGAUAAGAGACUGGCGAGAGUAGUGAGUGUUGCCCGUUCCAGGACAUUUCGGGAGCACCAGGGUAAAAUCCUCCUGGAAGGCCGGCGUUUAAUCUGUGAUGCUCUGGAUGCUGGUGCCAACCCACAGAUGGUCUUCUUUAGUACAGUGGAUCGACUCAGAGAGCUUCCUGUACACAAGCUGAAAAGGGCCACGCUGGUCAAAGUCAAGUUUGAGGAAAUCAAGAUCUGGUCUGACCUUGUGGCCCCACAAGGCGUGAUUGGCAUAUUUUCUCGCCCAGACCCAUCACGGUUGAACUUUGCAAGUAAACGUCAUACAGUGCCGUUGUCCCUAAUAUGUGACAAUAUCCGAGAUCCGGGCAACCUUGGGACUAUGUUGCGAUGUGCUGCUGCAGCUGGUUGCCAUGACGUCCUGCUCACCAAGGGUUGUGUUGAUGCUUGGGAGCCUAAAGUUCUGCGUGCAGCAAUGGGCGCACAUUUCCGCCUUCCCAUUUACCCCAACUUGAGCUGGCAUGAUGUUGAAAAUCACCUCCCUAAACGGGCGACUGUCCAUGUGGCUGACAACAGCUGUGGCCCUGACACAAGAAGAGAAACGGAGGAAUCCCAAGGAAGCAUGUCUCUCAAGUCCUCCAAAGCAGAAGACUAUGGAUGGAUCAGCACAAGGUCUAGUAAAAGUAAAAUACAACAUGAGGAGUCUGAUUCGGAUUCGGAUUCCGAUUCCGAUAGUGAAUUUGAGGGAUUACAACUUCCCAGAGUGGACAUGAAGCUGUACCAUGACAACUGGGCCCAGAGACCCAUGGCUCUGGUGAUUGGUGGAGAGACACAGGGUUUGAGCAUCGAAGCAGUCCAAAUGGCUGAGAAAACUUCUGGUCACAGGCUCUUUAUUCCUGUCCUUCCUGAUGUGGACAGCUUGAAUUCAGCCAUGGCAGCUAGUAUACUCUUGUUCGAGGGCAGGAAGCAACUUUUAGAAAUAAUGCAGACAGCUGGAAGGAAACAGAGAUCUAAAGCUGAGCAGUAGAUUUCAUGAUGAUAGCUCUAAAUAUCAGUGUGUGUUUUCCUGUGUUCAUUCGUCCUUGUUACUACAGACUGUAUACAAUUAUUUAGAUUCUCCAUUCUACAUCCUUCACUGCCCAAAAUAAAAUACUGAAUUUGGGACAUUUGGG